CUCAUGCUAGUGAAAUAUCUGCGAGUUGAUCUUCCCACCCGGCGUAUGAACUAAUUUUAAUGGCUUUUCCGUCGUCUACUAACCAAGACGUGACGAAAAAGAUACUGGAAGACAUCCAGAUGAAAAAGCAGCUUCUGCAAAAAGGAGUGAAUUCCCAUCCGCCAGGCUUUGGCAACCUGUACAAUACGUCGCUCGGUUUCGGCAGUCUAUACACGCCCUCACCAUUGUUUCAGCUACCAAAAUACACUACGGCCGCCGGGCAGACGAACGAAACUAACCAGAGCAUCUCGAAGGGCGCCUGGAGUCAGGCCAUCAAUCAAUCGUUUGGUUUUUUCGUACCGCAGGACUCACUGUUUGGCAAUAACAUUCUUCCUGUACUACCACGGUACGACAAUCCGUCGAUCCAUUACGCUAGUACGCCAAAAUUUUGAGGGUA